UAGGGUGGAGGCGAGAUGACUCAUCGUUCACAUAAUUUCAGUGAGGAUGUUGGUGAUGAAGGAGAAGAGGAAAAAGAAUUCAUUUCGUAUAACAUCAACAUAGACAUUCAUUACGGGGUUAAGUCUAAUAGUUUGGCGUUCAUCAAGCGGACUCCUGUGAUUGACGCAGACAAGCCGGUCUCUUCACAGCUGCGAGUACUCACGCUCAGCGAGGACUCGCCCUAUGAAACGCUGCACUCUUUCAUCAGCAAUGCGGUGGCACCUUUCUUUAAGUCCUACAUCAGAGAGUCUGGAAAGGCAGACAGGGAUGGUGACAAAAUGGCUCCUUCUGUUGAGAAAAAGAUUGCAGAGCUGGAAAUGGGCCUCCUGCACUUGCAGCAGAACAUUGAAAUCCCAGAGAUCAGCCUGCCGAUCCAUCCCAUUAUCACAAACGUGGCCAAGCAAUGCUAUGAACGCGGCGAGAAGCCUAAAGUCACAGACUUUGGAGAUAAAGUUGAAGACCCGACUUUUCUCAACCAGUUACAAUCUGGAGUUAACCGUUGGAUCCGAGAAAUUCAAAAGGUGACCAAACUUGACCGAGAUCCUGCCUCAGGAACUGCUUUGCAGGAAAUCAGCUUUUGGCUGAACUUGGAACGUGCGUUGUACCGCAUCCAGGAGAAGAGGGAGAGCCCAGAAGUUCUUCUGACACUAGACAUCUUGAAACAUGGCAAGCGUUUCCACGCCACUGUCAGCUUCGACACUGACACAGGUCUCAAGCAGGCUCUGGAGACAGUGAAUGACUACAACCCUCUGAUGAAGGAUUUCCCUCUGAAUGACCUGCUCUCUGCCACUGAGCUGGACAAAAUACGGCAGGCACUUGUUGCGAUUUUUACCCACCUGCGAAAGAUCCGAAACACAAAAUACCCCAUCCAGAGGGCCUUGCGCCUGGUGGAGGCCAUUUCCCGAGACCUGAGCUCUCAGCUGCUCAAAGUGCUGGGCACUCGGAAGCUGAUGCACGUCGCUUACGAAGAGUUUGAAAAGGUCAUGGUGGCUUGUUUCGAAGUCUUCCAGACUUGGGAUGACGAGUACGAGAAACUGCAGGUGUUGCUGAGAGACAUUGUCAAAAGGAAAAGGGAAGAAAACCUGAAGAUGGUGUGGCGGAUCAACCCGGCUCACAGGAAGCUGCAGGCGCGCCUUGACCAGAUGAGGAAAUUCAGGCGCCAGCAUGAGCAGCUGAGAGCGGUCAUCGUCAGGGUGCUGAGGCCACAGGUCACAGCAGUCGCACAGCAGAAUCAGGGGGAGGUGCCCGAGCCCCAGGACAUGAAAGUGGCUGAGGUGCUGUUCGAUGCUGCGGACGCGAACGCCAUUGAGGAAGUGAACCUGGCCUAUGAGAAUGUCAAGGAGGUAGAUGGGCUGGACGUCUCCAAGGAGGGCACGGAGGCCUGGGAGGCUGCAAUGAAGAGGUACGAUGAGAGGAUCGACCGUGUGGAGACGCGGAUCACCGCCCGCCUGCGCGACCAGCUGGGCACGGCCAAGAAUGCCAAUGAGAUGUUCCGGAUCUUCUCCCGCUUCAAUGCACUGUUUGUCCGACCACACAUCCGCGGGGCCAUCCGGGAGUACCAGACGCAGCUUAUCCAGCGCGUGAAAGAUGACAUCGAGUCCCUGCACGACAAGUUCAAGGUGCAGUACCCACAGAGCCAGGCGUGCAAGAUGAGCCACGUGCGUGACCUGCCACCUGUGUCCGGCUCCAUCAUCUGGGCCAAGCAGAUCGACCGGCAGCUCACCGCCUACAUGAAGCGUGUAGAAGACGUGCUGGGCAAGGGCUGGGAGAACCAUGUGGAGGGCCAGAAGCUGAAGCAGGAUGGGGACAGCUUUCGCAUGAAGCUCAACACCCAGGAGAUCUUCGAUGACUGGGCCCGGAAGGUGCAGCAGCGCAACCUGGGCGUCUCGGGCCGCAUCUUCACCAUCGAGAGCACCCGUGUGCGGGGCCGCACUGGAAAUGUCCUCAAGCUCAAAGUUAAUUUCCUGCCCGAGAUCAUCACGCUGUCCAAGGAAGUCCGGAACCUCAAGUGGCUUGGUUUCCGGGUGCCCCUGGCCAUCGUGAACAAGGCUCACCAAGCCAACCAGCUGUACCCAUUUGCCAUCUCGCUGAUCGAGAGCGUGCGGACCUACGAGCGCACCUGCGAGAAGGUGGAGGAGCGUAGCACCAUCUCACUGCUAGUGGCCGGUCUGAAGAAGGAGGUGCAGGCACUGAUCGCAGAGGGCAUCGCCCUGGUGUGGGAGUCCUACAAGCUGGACCCCUACGUGCAGCGCCUAGCAGAGACGGUCUUCAACUUCCAGGAGAAGGUGGAUGACCUGCUGAUUAUCGAAGAGAAAAUAGACCUGGAGGUGCGCUCCUUGGAGACGUGCAUGUACGACCACAAGACCUUCUCAGAGAUCCUGAACAGGGUCCAGAAGGCAGUGGAUGACCUCAACCUGCACUCCUACUCCAACCUGCCCAUCUGGGUGAACAAGCUCGACAUGGAGAUCGAAAGGAUACUGGGUGUGCGUCUGCAGGCUGGCCUGCGAGCCUGGACACAGGUCCUCCUUGGACAAGCUGAAGACAAAGCCGAAGUGGACAUGGACACAGACGCCCCACAAGUCAGUCACAAGCCUGGCGGGGAGCCAAAGAUCAAAAACGUGGUCCAUGAGCUGAGGAUAACCAACCAGGUGAUCUACCUGAACCCACCCAUCGAGGAGUGCAGGUACAAGCUGUACCAGGAGAUGUUCGCCUGGAAGAUGGUGGUGCUGUCCCUUCCCCGGAUCCAAAGCCAGCGGUACCAGGUGGGCGUGCAUUACGAGCUGACGGAAGAGGAGAAGUUCUAUCGGAAUGCCCUAACGCGGAUGCCUGACGGGCCGGUGGCCCUGGAGGAGUCCUACUCUGCCGUCAUGGGCAUCGUGACCGAGGUGGAGCAGUACGUCAAGGUUUGGCUGCAGUACCAGUGUCUGUGGGACAUGCAAGCCGAGAACAUCUACAACAGGCUUGGCGAGGAUCUCAACAAGUGGCAGGCGCUCUUGGUCCAGAUCCGGAAGGCCAGAGGCACCUUUGACAAUGCAGAGACCAAGAAGGAGUUUGGCCCCGUCGUCAUAGACUAUGGCAAGGUCCAGUCUAAGGUGAACCUGAAGUAUGACUCCUGGCACAAGGAGGUUCUCAGCAAGUUUGGGCAAAUGCUGGGGUCAAACAUGACGGAAUUCCACUCCCAGAUCUCAAAGUCUCGCCAGGAGCUGGAGCAGCACUCUGUGGACACAGCCAGCACCUCCGAUGCGGUGACCUUCAUCACCUACGUGCAGUCUCUGAAGCGGAAGAUCAAGCAGUUUGAGAAGCAAGUUGAGCUCUACCGCAAUGGCCAGCGCCUGCUGGAGAAGCAGAGGUUCCAGUUCCCGCCAUCCUGGCUGUACAUUGACAACAUCGAGGGUGAGUGGGGGGCCUUCAACGACAUCAUGCGGCGGAAGGACUCCGCCAUCCAGCAGCAGGUGGCAAACUUGCAGAUGAAGAUCGUGCAGGAGGACCGCGCUGUGGAAAGCCGCACCAUCGACCUGCUCACAGACUGGGAGAAGACCAAGCCUGUCACGGGCAACCUGCGGCCCGAGGAGGCACUGCAGGCUCUGACCAUCUACGAGGGCAAGUUCAGCCGGCUGAAGGACGACAGGGAGAAGUGCGCCAAGGCCAAGGAGGCGCUGGAGCUCACUGACACCGGACUGCUCAGCGGCAGUGAGGAGCGUGUGCAGGUGGCCUUGGAGGAACUGCAGGACCUCAAAGGCGUUUGGUCGGAGCUCUCGAAGGUCUGGGAACAGAUCGAUCAGAUGAAGGAGCAGCCAUGGGUUUCGGUUCAACCUCGCAAGCUUCGGCAAAAUCUAGACGGCCUCCUGAACCAGCUGAAGAACUUCCCUGCACGCCUGCGGCAGUAUGCAUCCUACGAGUUUGUGCAGAGGCUACUGAAAGGGUACAUGAAGAUCAACAUGCUGGUGAUUGAGCUAAAGUCGGAAGCACUGAAAGACCGCCACUGGAAGCAGCUGAUGAAGAGGCUUCAUGUGAAUUGGGUCGUUUCUGAGCUGACCCUUGGCCAAAUUUGGGACGUCGACCUGCAGAAAAAUGAAGCUAUUGUCAAGGACGUGCUGCUGGUGGCACAAGGGGAAAUGGCUCUGGAGGAAUUCCUGAAGCAGAUAAGAGAGGUGUGGAACACAUACGAGCUGGACCUGGUCAACUAUCAGAACAAGUGCCGCCUCAUCCGCGGCUGGGAUGACCUCUUCAACAAGGUCAAGGAGCACAUCAACAGCGUCUCGGCCAUGAAGCUGUCCCCAUAUUACAAGGUCUUCGAAGAGGAUGCACUGAGCUGGGAAGACAAGCUGAACAGGAUCAUGGCUCUCUUUGAUGUGUGGAUUGAUGUACAGAGACGGUGGGUCUACCUGGAAGGCAUCUUCACAGGCAGCGCGGACAUCAAACACCUGCUGCCCGUGGAAACACAGCGGUUCCAGAGUAUCAGCACGGAGUUCUUGGCUCUGAUGAAAAAAGUGUCUAAGUCUCCGCUUGUUAUGGACGUCCUGAACAUCCAGGGCGUGCAGAGGUCGCUGGAAAGGUUGGCAGACCUGCUGGGAAAGAUCCAGAAAGCACUGGGGGAGUACCUGGAGAGAGAGCGCUCGUCCUUCCCCAGGUUCUAUUUUGUGGGUGAUGAAGAUUUGCUGGAAAUUAUUGGAAAUAGCAAGAAUGUAGCGAAACUGCAGAAACACUUCAAGAAGAUGUUUGCUGGCGUCUCGAGCAUCAUCCUGAACGAGGACAACUCUGUGGUCCUGGGCAUCUCCUCCCGGGAGGGAGAGGAGGUCAUGUUUAAAACCCCCGUGUCCAUCACCGAGCACCCCAAGAUCAACGAGUGGCUCACGCUGGUGGAGAGGGAGAUGAGGGUAACCCUAGCGAGACUCCUGGCUGAGUCUGUCACCGAAGUGGAGAUCUUCGGGAAAGCAACUUCCAUCGACCCAAACACCUACAUCACUUGGAUUGAUAAAUACCAGGCCCAGCUUGUGGUUUUGUCUGCCCAGAUAGCCUGGUCUGAGAACGUGGAGAACGCACUGGGCAGUGUAGGUGGGGGCAGUGACAUGGCUCCCUUGCACUCAGUGCUGAGCAAUGUGGAGGUCACCCUGAAUGUGCUGGCCGACUCUGUCCUCAUGGAGCAGCCGCCACUCCGCAGGCGCAAGCUGGAGCACUUGAUUACAGAAUUAGUUCACCAAAGGGACGUUACCAGGUCCUUGAUCAGAAGCAAGAUUGACAACACCAAAUCCUUCGAAUGGCUGAGCCAGAUGCGAUUUUACUUUGACCCCAAGCAAACUGAUGUGCUGCAGCAAUUGUCCAUUCAGAUGGCCAACGCCAAAUUUAACUAUGGCUUUGAGUACCUGGGUGUGCAGGACAAGCUAGUCCAGACACCCCUCACCGACCGCUGCUAUCUGACCAUGACACAAGCCUUGGAGGCCAGGCUGGGGGGGUCCCCAUUUGGGCCUGCUGGAACUGGGAAGACAGAGUCUGUCAAAGCCCUUGGCCAUCAGCUCGGACGCUUUGUUUUAGUUUUCAACUGUGAUGAAACCUUCGAUUUCCAGGCGAUGGGACGCAUCUUUGUGGGGCUCUGCCAGGUGGGUGCCUGGGGCUGCUUUGACGAGUUCAAUCGCCUGGAGGAACGCAUGCUGUCGGCCGUGUCACAGCAGGUGCAGUGCAUCCAGGAGGCGCUGCGAGAACACUCCAACCCCAACUACGAUAAGACCUCCGCACCCAUUACCUGCGAACUGCUGAACAAACAAGUCAAGGUGAGCCCAGACAUGGCCAUCUUCAUCACCAUGAACCCUGGCUACGCAGGCCGCUCCAACCUCCCUGACAACCUCAAGAAGCUGUUCCGCAGCCUCGCCAUGACCAAGCCGGACCGGCAGCUCAUCGCCCAGGUCAUGCUGUACUCGCAGGGCUUCCGCACAGCUGAAGUCCUUGCCAACAAAAUCGUCCCAUUCUUUAAGCUCUGUGAUGAACAGCUCUCCUCUCAGAGCCAUUAUGACUUCGGUCUGCGGGCUCUGAAGAGUGUGCUGGUGAGCGCAGGUAACGUGAAGAGGGAGCGAAUCCAGAAGAUCAAGAGGGAGAAGGAAGAGCGCGGGGAGGUGGUGGAUGAAGGAGAGAUUGCUGAGAACCUACCUGAGCAAGAGAUUCUGAUCCAAAGUGUCUGUGAGACCAUGGUGCCCAAGCUGGUGGCCGAGGACAUCCCUCUGCUCUUCAGUCUCCUGUCCGACGUGUUUCCGGGAGUACAGUACCACCGGGGCGAGAUGACAGCCCUCCGGGAGGAGCUGAAGAAAGUCUGUCAGGAGAUGUACCUGACCUACGGCGACGGAGAGGAAGUGGGCGGCAUGUGGGUCGAGAAGGUUCUGCAGCUGUACCAGAUCACCCAGAUCAACCAUGGCCUAAUGAUGGUGGGCCCCUCGGGCAGCGGAAAGAGCACGGCCUGGCGCGUGCUGCUGAAGGCGCUGGAGCGGCUGGAGGGCGUGGAGGGUGUGGCCCACAUCAUUGACCCCAAGGCCAUCAGCAAAGACCACCUCUACGGCACCCUGGACCCCAACACCCGAGAGUGGACAGACGGGCUCUUCACCCACGUGCUGAGAAAGAUCAUAGACAACGUGAGGGGUGAGCUGCAGAAGCGCCAGUGGAUCGUCUUCGACGGCGACGUGGACCCCGAGUGGGUAGAGAAUCUGAACUCUGUGCUAGAUGACAACAAGCUUCUGACUCUGCCAAAUGGGGAGCGGCUCAGCCUUCCGCCCAACGUGCGCAUCAUGUUCGAAGUGCAGGACCUGAAGUACGCAACCCUGGCCACGGUGUCACGCUGCGGCAUGGUCUGGUUCAGUGAGGAUGUUCUGAGCACAGACAUGAUCUUCAACAACUUCCUGGCCCGGCUGCGCAGCAUCCCCCUGGAUGAGGGGGAGGACGAGGCGCAGCGUCGGCGCAAGGGCCAGGAGGAUGAGGGCGAGGAGGCCGCCUCCCCUGCACUGCAGAUACAGAGGGACGCGGCCACCAUCAUGCAGCCGUACUUCACGUCCAAUGGCCUGGUCACCAAGGCACUGGAGCACGCCUUCCAGCUGGAGCACAUCAUGGACCUGACGCGCCUGCGCUGCCUGGGCUCGCUCUUCUCCAUGCUGCACCAGGCCUGCCGUAACGUGGCACAGUACAAUGCCAACCACCCUGACUUCCCCAUGCAGAUGGAGCAGCUGGAGCGCUACAUCCAGCGCUACCUGGUCUACGCCAUCCUCUGGUCCCUGUCUGGAGACAGCCGGCUGAAGAUGAGGGCUGAGCUGGGUGAGUACAUCCGGAGAAUCACCACUGUGCCACUGCCCACGGCGCCCAACAUCCCCAUCAUCGACUACGAGGUGUCCAUCAGCGGAGAGUGGUCCCCGUGGCAGGCCAAGGUGCCUCAGAUCGAAGUGGAGACACACAAGGUGGCAGCCCCAGAUGUGGUCGUGCCAACUCUGGAUACAGUCCGGCACGAGGCCCUCCUGUACACCUGGCUAGCCGAGCACAAGCCACUGGUGCUGUGCGGCCCUCCCGGCUCAGGCAAAACCAUGACGCUCUUCAGUGCACUCCGCGCCUUGCCCGACAUGGAGGUCGUGGGCCUCAACUUCUCCAGCGCCACCACCCCAGAGCUCCUGCUGAAGACCUUUGACCACUACUGCGAGUACAGGCGCACGCCCAACGGGGUUGUCCUGGCCCCUGUGCAGCUGGGCAAGUGGCUGGUGUUGUUCUGUGACGAGAUCAACCUGCCGGACAUGGACAAAUACGGGACGCAGAGAGUCAUCUCCUUCAUCAGACAGAUGGUGGAGCAUGGAGGCUUUUACCGAACCUCAGACCAGACGUGGGUGAAACUGGAGCGGAUCCAGUUCGUCGGGGCCUGCAACCCCCCCACCGACCCCGGAAGAAAGCCCCUCUCACACAGGUUCUUGCGGCAUGUGCCUGUGGUUUACGUGGACUACCCGGGGCCCGCCUCCCUGACACAGAUCUAUGGCACCUUCAACCGCGCCAUGCUGAGGCUCAUCCCGUCGCUGCGGACCUAUGCAGAGCCGCUCACUGCCGCCAUGGUGGAGUUUUACACCAUGUCCCAGGAGCGAUUCACUCAGGACACACAGCCCCACUAUAUCUAUUCACCCCGUGAGAUGACCAGGUGGGUGAGAGGAAUCUUCGAAGCCCUGAGGCCCCUGGAGACGCUGCCUGUGGAGGGCCUCAUCCGGAUCUGGGCACACGAAGCCCUCCGUCUGUUCCAGGACAGGCUGGUGGAGGAUGAAGAGCGGCGCUGGACAGACGAGAAUAUCGACAUGGUGGCUCUGAAGCACUUCCCCAACAUAGACAAGGAGAAGGCCAUGAGCCGGCCCAUCCUGUACAGCAACUGGCUGUCCAAGGAUUACAUCCCAGUAGACCAAGAGGAAUUGAGAGAUUAUGUCAAGGCAAGGCUGAAAGUCUUCUACGAAGAAGAACUUGAUGUCCCACUGGUUCUGUUCAAUGAGGUGCUGGACCAUGUGCUCAGGAUCGACAGAAUAUUCCGCCAGCCUCAAGGCCACUUGCUUCUGAUCGGUGUGAGCGGAGCGGGAAAGACCACCCUGUCUCGCUUCGUGGCUUGGAUGAAUGGCUUGAGUGUGUACCAGAUCAAGGUGCACAGGAAGUACACUGGGGAGGACUUUGACGAAGACCUGCGGACAGUGCUGAGACGCUCCGGCUGCAAGAAUGAGAAGAUUGCGUUCAUAAUGGAUGAGUCCAAUGUUUUGGACUCUGGGUUCCUGGAGCGGAUGAACACUCUCCUGGCGAACGGAGAGGUCCCCGGGCUCUUCGAAGGAGACGAGUAUGCCACCCUGAUGACGCAGUGCAAGGAGGGGGCACAGAAGGAGGGCCUCAUGCUGGACUCCCAUGAGGAGCUGUACAAGUGGUUCACCAGCCAGGUCAUCCGCAACCUGCACGUCGUGUUCACCAUGAACCCGUCUUCCGAGGGGCUCAAGGACCGGGCGGCCACGUCGCCUGCCCUCUUCAACAGGUGUGUGCUGAAUUGGUUUGGAGACUGGUCCACGGAAGCCCUGUAUCAAGUCGGCAAAGAAUUCACAAGUAAGAUGGACCUGGAGAAGCCGAAUUACGCCGUGCCCGAUUACAUGCCGGUGGUGUACGACAAGCUGCCUCAGCCACCAUCGCACCGUGAAGCGAUUGUGAACAGCUGUGUGUUCGUCCAUCAGACACUUCACCAGGCCAAUGCCCGGCUAGCCAAACGGGGAGGCAGGACAAUGGCCAUCACCCCUCGCCACUACCUAGACUUCAUCAACCACUACGCCAACCUCUUCCAUGAGAAGCGCAGUGAGCUGGAGGAGCAGCAGAUGCACCUGAACGUUGGGCUCAGGAAGAUCAAGGAAACUGUCGACCAGGUGGAAGAGCUGCGCCGAGACUUGAGGAUAAAGAGCCAGGAGCUGGAGGUGAAGAAUGCCGCGGCCAAUGACAAGCUGAAAAAGAUGGUGAAAGACCAACAGGAGGCCGAGAAGAAGAAGGUCAUGAGCCAGGAAAUCCAGGAGCAGCUCCACAAGCAGCAGGAAGUGAUUGCAGACAAGCAGAUGAGCGUCAAGGAGGACCUGGACAAGGUGGAGCCCGCCGUCAUCGAGGCACAGAAUGCCGUCAAGUCCAUCAAGAAACAGCACCUGGUGGAGGUGCGGUCCAUGGCCAACCCACCCGCCGCUGUGAAGCUGGCGCUCGAGUCCAUCUGCCUGCUGCUGGGCGAGAGCACCACAGACUGGAAGCAGAUCCGCUCCAUCAUCAUGCGCGAGAACUUCAUCCCCACCAUCGUCAACUUCUCCGCUGAGGAGAUCAGUGAUGCCAUAAGGGAGAAAAUGAAGAAAAACUACAUGUCCAAUCCCAGCUACAACUAUGAGAUUGUGAACCGGGCUUCGCUGGCCUGUGGCCCCAUGGUGAAGUGGGCCAUCGCACAGCUGAACUAUGCCGACAUGCUCAAGCGCGUGGAGCCCCUGCGGAACGAGCUGCAGAAGCUGGAGGACGACGCCAAGGACAACCAGCAGAAGGCCAACGAGGUGGAGCAGAUGAUCCGCGACCUGGAGGCCAGCAUCGCGCGCUACAAGGAGGAGUACGCUGUGCUCAUCUCGGAGGCCCAGGCCAUCAAGGCCGACCUAGCAGCUGUAGAAGCAAAGGUGAACCGCAGCACUGCUCUUCUCAAGAGUCUGUCAGCUGAGCGGGAGAGGUGGGAGAAGACAAGCGAGACCUUCAAGAACCAGAUGUCCACCAUUGCCGGGGACUGCCUGCUGUCCGCUGCCUUCAUUGCCUACGCUGGCUACUUCGACCAGCAGAUGAGGCAGAACUUGUUCACCACCUGGUCGCACCACCUGCAGCAGGCCAACAUCCAGUUCCGCACAGACAUCGCGAGGACCGAGUACCUGUCCAACGCCGACGAGAGACUACGCUGGCAGGCCAGCUCCCUGCCCGCCGACGACCUGUGCACGGAAAACGCCAUCAUGCUGAAGCGCUUCAACAGGUACCCACUGAUCAUCGACCCCUCUGGCCAGGCCACGGAGUUCAUCAUGAACGAGUACAAGGACCGGAAGAUCACACGCACCAGCUUCUUGGAUGACGCCUUCAGGAAGAACCUGGAGAGCGCGCUGCGGUUCGGCAACCCGCUCUUGGUCCAGGAUGUGGAGAGCUACGAUCCGGUUCUGAACCCGGUGCUGAACCGUGAAGUCCGACGGACAGGGGGCCGCGUGCUGAUCACCCUCGGGGACCAGGACAUCGACCUGUCUCCGUCCUUCGUUAUCUUCCUGUCCACCCGAGACCCGACCGUGGAGUUCCCACCCGACCUGUGCUCCCGCGUCACCUUCGUCAACUUCACUGUCACGCGCAGCAGCUUGCAGAGCCAGUGUCUCAACGAGGUCCUAAAGGCAGAGAGGCCCGACGUGGACGAGAAACGCUCAGAUCUUCUCAAGCUGCAAGGGGAGUUUCAGCUCCGCCUGCGUCAGCUCGAGAAGUCCCUGCUGCAAGCCCUGAACGAGGUGAAGGGCCGCAUCCUGGACGAUGACACCAUCAUCGGCACCCUGGAGAACUUGAAGCGGGAGGCCGCCGAGGUCACCAGGAAGGUGGAGGAGACCGACGUUGUCAUGCAGGAGGUGGAGACCGUGUCCCAGCAGUACCUGCCACUGUCCACCGCCUGUAGCAGCAUCUACUUCACCAUGGAGUCCCUCAAGCAGGUCCACUUCCUGUACCAGUACUCGCUGCAGUUCUUCCUGGACAUCUACCACAACGUCCUGUAUGAGAACCCCAGCCUCCGGGGCGUCACAGACCACACGCAGCGCCUCUCUGCCAUCACCAAGGACCUCUUCCAGGUGGCAUUUAACCGAGUGGCCAGGGGCAUGCUGCAUCAGGACCACAUCACCUUUGCCAUGCUGCUGGCCAGGAUCAAGCUGAAGGGCACCGUGGGGGAGCCCACCCACGACGCCGAGUUCCAGCACUUCCUGAGGGGCAAGGAGAUCGUGCUGAGUGCUGGCUCCACUCCCACCAUCCCGGGGCUGACACUGGAGCAGGCGGAGGCGGUGGCGCGGCUGAGCUGCUUGCCCGCAUUCAAGGAUCUGAUCGCCAAGGUUCAGGCGGACGAGCAGUUCGGCAUCUGGCUGGACAGCAGCUCCCCCGAGCAGACCGUACCGUACCUCUGGAGCGAGGAGGCCCCCACAACACCCAUUGGCCAGGCCAUCCACCGCCUGCUGCUCAUCCAGGCCUUCCGGCCGGACCGCCUGCUGGCCAUGGCCCAUGUGUUCGUCUCCACCAACCUCGGGGAGUCCUUCAUGUCCAUCAUGGAGCAGCCGCUUGACCUGGCACACAUUGUGGGCACGGAGGUGAAGCCCAACACGCCCGUCCUGAUGUGCUCGGUGCCUGGCUAUGACGCCAGCGGGCACGUGGAGGACCUUGCGGCAGAGCAGAACACACAGAUCACCUCCAUCGCCAUCGGCUCAGCGGAAGGCUUUAACCAAGCAGAUAAGGCCAUCAACACAGCUGUGAAGUCCGGCAGGUGGGUGAUGCUGAAGAACGUGCACUUGGCCCCCGGCUGGCUCAUGCAGCUGGAGAAGAAGCUGCACUCCCUGCAGCCACACGCCUGCUUCCGCCUCUUCCUCACCAUGGAGAUCAACCCCAAGGUGCCCGUGAACCUGCUCCGCGCCGGCCGCAUCUUCGUGUUUGAGCCACCACCGGGGGUGAAGGCCAACAUGCUUCGGACAUUCAGCAGCAUCCCCGUGUCACGGAUCUGCAAGUCUCCCAACGAGCGAGCCCGCCUGUACUUCCUGCUGGCCUGGUUCCACGCCAUCAUCCAGGAGCGCCUGCGCUAUGCCCCGCUGGGGUGGUCCAAGAAGUACGAGUUCGGGGAGUCAGACCUGCGGUCCGCCUGCGACACUGUGGACACGUGGCUGGAUGACACGGCCAAGGGCCGGCAGAACAUCUCACCUGAUAAGAUCCCAUGGGCGGCCCUGAAGACCCUGAUGGCCCAGUCCAUCUAUGGCGGCCGCGUGGACAAUGAGUUCGACCAGCGGCUGCUCAGCACCUUCCUGGAGCGCCUGUUCACCACCCGGAGCUUCGACAGCGAAUUCAAGCUGGCGUGCAAGGUGGACGGGCACAAGGACAUUCAGAUGCCCGACGGCAUCAGGCGAGAGGAGUUUGUGCAGUGGGUGGAGCUGCUCCCCGACACCCAGACACCGUCCUGGCUGGGGCUGCCCAACAACGCCGAGCGUGUGCUGCUGACCACGCAAGGCGUGGAUAUGAUCAGCAAGAUGCUGAAGAUGCAGGUGCUGGAGGAUGAGGACGACCUGGCCUACGCGGAGACAGAGAAGAAGGCGCGCACUGACUCCACAUCCGAUGGGCGCCCAGCCUGGAUGCGGACACUGCACACCACCGUCUCCAACUGGCUGCACCUCAUCCCACAGGUGCUGAGCCACCUCAAGCGCACGGUGGAGAACAUCAAGGACCCUCUGUUCAGGUUCUUUGAGAGAGAGGUGAAGAUGGGCGCCAAGCUGCUGCAGGACGUGCGCCAGGACCUUGCCGACGUGGUGCAGGUGUGUGAGGGAAAGAAGAAGCAGACCAACUACCUGCGCACACUCAUCAACGCGCUGGUCAAAGGCAUCCUGCCCCAGAGCUGGUCGCACUACACCGUGCCCGCCGGCAUGACCGUCAUCCAGUGGGUGUCCGACUUCAGCGACCGUAUCAAGCAGCUGCAGAGCAUCUCUCUGGCGGCUGCGUCAGGCGGCGCCAAGGAGCUCAAGAACAUCCACGUGUGCCUGGGCGGCCUGUUCGUGCCUGAGGCCUACAUCACGGCCACUAGGCAGUACGUGGCCCAGGCCAACAGCUGGUCCCUGGAGGAGCUGUGCCUGGAGGUCAACGUCACCACUGCCCAGAGCGCCGCCCUGGAUGCCUGCAGCUUCGGAGUCACUGGCCUGAAGCUGCAGGGAGCUACCUGCAAUAACAACAAAUUGUCGCUGUCCAACGCCAUCUCCACCGUCCUCCCACUGACACAGCUGCGCUGGGUCAAGCAAACGAACGCAGAGAAGAAGGCCAGCGUGGUGACCCUGCCUGUUUACCUGAAUUUCACCCGGGCUGACCUCAUCUUCACCGUGGACUUCGAGAUCGCCACGAAGGAAGAUCCACGGAGCUUCUACGAGCGCGGUGUGGCCGUCCUGUGCACCGAGUGACCUGGCACAUGCUGCUCCUGGUGACCACGGGGUCAGUGUUCACCCUCCUGUCCCCGAAUGCGGACGUAUGGACUUGGAGAGGAAGAGGCGGGUCUGAGUGGGCAGAAGUGGGGUGAGACUGACGGUGGGAACCGGACGCUGGAGGACAGAGCAGCUGUUUUAUGAAAUAAAACACUAAAUGAAACCUG